GUACUUUAUUGCAGAUUUUACAGGAGGCGGUUGUGGCACACCACCCCCAAUCAUCCGAGCCGGAGGAGAAAUGUCGCCCCCUACCAUUCCGUCGUCUACACCCCCUCUUCAUCCUCUCGAAAUGUCACGUAUGACGCUCUGGAACCUGUACAGUAACAACAACCACCCUGUACAACCCACUGCAAACGCAAGUGCCGUGGAGCCACAGAAGGAGCCGAUCAACUUGUCAGAGCCUUCAAACAUCACCAAACGGGAACCAGAGUGUAGCGAGUCCCCUCCGCCACCAAAAAGACCCAAAGAGGAAGUAAUGGACGAUAGAGAGGAAGAUGAAGAUGAAGAAGAAGAAGAACAGGAGAGGUUGCAAGAACAACAGCAAAAGUCACUACAUUUGUCACCCUCUGCUCAUAUCAAAAUCAACCGCCGUGGUGAUAUGAGAAACGGGGACAACUCUCUAGUAGUCAGUAUGGAGCUGAAUGGAGUCACGUAUCAAGGGGUUCUGUUUGCACAAAACCCGCCGUCAAGGACAGCGAUGGCAUCUUAAAAAGACUCCCUAAACGAAAUUUUGUUUCUGCAACUGUAGAGAGUCAUUUAGUGUUCCGGUACAAUUCUUAAGUAUGAAUGUGUUUUGUAUUUAUUCCCUUCCUAUAAUAAUAUGCAAAUUAGGUAUGUCGGAAUAGAGGUGUUCAAGAAUUUAAUAAUAACGUUUUCUAACCUUCAAAAGUCAAAUUAGUCGUUUUUUACGUCGUCCCAGGUAGCACAAGCACGUGAAAAUGACGUUAGAAAUUGGUCAUGAAACGACGUAAAAUAAACGUGAAAAUGACGUCCUAAUAUAACAUACCGAUGACGACAUAUGGCAAUCGUAAAUAAUACGUCACUUGGUGGACGUGGAGAUGACGUCUAUUAUUUAUAAUAAAUAACGAGUUUUAGCUUCUGCAAGAGUCAUAUACUGUGUUACUAGUAGUAUUACACUAACGGAGCACCUUAGGCUAUAAAUUGUAACACUGGCACACAGCUGCCAACGUAGCGACGAAAGACGACUUAUUACUAGGUUCUCCAUCUCUCACUUUACCACUUUAUACGACGUUUGAGAUAGUGAUGUAACAAAUAUUUGCAAAAUUUCUGCAAAUGAUUAUCAGAAAAAAAUGCAAUUAUAAUAUAAUAGUAGGUUAAUAAAACCAAAAUCCAUUCAUUUCUUAUAUUUUUUAAUACAAGAAAAAGUAACUUGACCUCGUAAUCACAUUAUCAGUCUUCACUUAAUCAUUUGGUAUUAUUUAUUUAUUUACUCUACCUUGGGCAAUGAAGCUUAUCAAUUACAUAUUCAUGGACAAAAAAAAAAACAAAGAAAUACAGUAUUCUUCUACAAUAAACUAUAAAUAUAAUCUGUUUUUAUCAUAAUAAGUAAACACUUUAAACAAACAAAAAUAAAAUUAUAUAUAUAUAUAUAUAGGUGAAAAAUUAAAGCUUCCGCCUUUUGUUGGGUACUUCGACAAAAUUUAAGCAAAGAGGACUCUUUAUACUUUUUUUAAUUCUCUCUAGCUUUCAAUGGACU